AUGGUCAAGGAUUUCCACAGGGGUAAUACCUGGAAUAUUGUGAAACUCAGGAGGAUUUUACCUCAAAGUGUAAUCAACUCUAUUAUCACCAUUGAGUUUAACACUGAGAGACAGGAUUUGCCUAUCUGGACUCCUGAUCUUACAGGGAAAUUCAGCAGCAAAACUGCUUGGCAGAUUGUGAGAAGGAAAAGAGAAUCAACACUUGUUAGCUCAAAGACUUGGCACAGAAGAGUUCCUUUUAGGAUCUCAUUCUUCUUAAUGAGGGCUUUGCAAAAUAAGAUCCCCUCGGAUGAUGCAGGACAAAUAAGAUUGUCAACUAUGAAAUGGUGGAUAGCUAAAGGCAGGAAUGAAGUUCACUCAUGCAUUCUUCAGUGUAUACCAAUUGCUAUAUGCUGGGAAGUCUGGAAAAACAGGUGUAGGGCCAGGUUUGAAGAAAAGAAGAUGUCAUCUUGGUACAUUAUUCAACAAGUCAACCAUCUUAUUUCUUUAAUUCUCAAAGCACAGUUCCCUGAUCUACAACUUCCUAGUUCUUGGUUGGAGAAAUGUAAUUUGGUGGAAAAGCUCAGACCUGUAACUCACUCUCAAGCAGUGUACUGGUAUAAACCCAAUUUUAAUUGGGUCAAGCUCAAUGUGGAUGGUUGUAGUAAAGGAAAUCCAGGUUCAGCUGGAGGAGGAGGCAUCAUAAGAGAUCACAGAGGUAUAAUGAGUCAUGCCUUUGCUGAAUUUUAUGGGCAAUGCAACAACAAUAUGGCAGAGGCGUUGGCCAUGUGGAAAGGGAUUAACAUAUGUAAGGAUAAUGGUUUUCGGAAUGUUAUGGUGGAAUCUGAUUCUCUUAUGGUCGUCAACAUGAUCAAAGAAAAGCUAAAACCACCCUGGCAACUAACUGAGAUCAUUGUUAAGAUUCAGAGAUUAACUAGAUACGGUGAUUUUGAGUUCAAACAUAUAUACAGAGAGGGAAAUUCUACAGCGGACCUACUUGCUAACUUGGGAGAAGACUCAAAAACUUCUACUAUCUUCACUGAAGCUUCCGUCCUUCCUGCUAAGGUUAGAGCUUCAAUGAAGCUAGAACUUGAUGGGCUCCCAAAUUUCAGAUUUAGAAGCAAAAGAAAUAAAUUCCUAUCGAAUGGUAGCUGA